CCAAUUUCUUUUGCUACUUGAAGCACAAAAACACAGAGGGAGAGAGAAACAAAAAAUGGCAAAAGCUCAAAUACCAAUUCUUGAUUUUUCAAAAGAGGCAUUAGAAAUUGGAAGUGAGAAAUGGGGAACAGUGUGUAAGCAAGUAAGAGAGGCAUGUGAAAGACAUGGUUGCUUCAUUUUAAUGUAUGAUAAUCUCUCUGCAAAAUUACGUGAAGACUUAUUUAUGGGGAUGAACUCACUAUUUGAUCUUCCUCAAGAAGUGAAAGCUAAGUACAUAAACCCAAAGCCUUAUCGUAGCUAUUCUGGUAUGUCUCCCAUUGUUCCUUUCUCUGAGAGCUUUGGCCUUGAUGAUGCUCACAAUCUCGACACUGUUCACUCCUUCACCAACCUCAUGUGGCCACAAGGAAAUCCAACUUUCUGUGAGAGUCUCCAUACGAUGAGCUCAGAAAUGCUGGAGCUGAAUUUAGCGGUAUUGAAAAUGAUAUUCGAAAGCUUUGGCAUGGCAAAUCACUAUGAUUUGCAUGUUCAGGAUAGCACAAGUCUGUUUCGUGUAAUGAAGUAUAUAGCUCCACGAAACGGUGACGAUUCGGUGAUUGCUCUACGAUCUCACACCGACAAAAAUGCAAUCACCAUCUUAUGUCAAAAUGAAGUUCAGGGUCUCCAGGUUCAAACCAAAGAUGGCAAUUGGGUUUGUGCAAUGGUUCCUCAAGAUGCUUUCUUUGUCAUUAUUGGUGAAGCCCUAAAGGUAUGGAGCAAUGGAAGGCUUGAAGCAGCAAGACACAGGGUGGUAGUAAGUGGGGAGGAAGACAGGUUCUCUUGUGGACUAUUUACAAUGCCAAAAGAGGAAGCAAAAAUUGAAGUGCCUCGAGAAUUUGUUGACAAGGACCAUCCUCUUCUCUACCGCCCUUUCAUUUUUGCAGAUUACAUUUCUUACUUUGUUUCCAAGUUAAGUGAUGAUGCUCUUGAGAUAUAUGCAGCCAUUUGAUUACUUAAUUAUUUAAUUAAUAGGGUAAAUAUAAUUAAUGUUUUGUAAAAGACAUUUUAAUCAAUUAAUUUUGCUUUGCAGUUGAUUUUUGAA